AUUUUAACAACAUUGAAAAUUUUCUCGAAUUAUCAAAAUAAAAAAACGAUAAAUUCGAAAGAUUUCAUUUUUUGUUACUAGUUUCAUUUUUUAAACUAACCUGCCUGGUAAACAGAACACAGUUAGACAUGGCUGGUGGUUUUAAUGUUUUUACCACAUUAGCGAUACACAUUUGAUUUUUUUUUUAAAUAAUUAAACAAUAGUAAAACCAUCCAAAAUAUUUACCAUGAUUUUACUACAGUCCUCAUGGUUUAACCGUGUUUUUUUUUUUUUUGUAAUAAAAAAAACAGUAAGAACGUAAAAGCACAGUAAACAGCAUUUUUGUGCAAUCAUGUAACUGUAACGACAGUUAACCUCACCACAGUCACAUUACAGUUACAGUUUCAUGAGAUGAAAUUUAGGCUUGACGUGGAAAAUUGGGAUAUCCCCAACAUAAAAAAGCAGAGUGUGUGUGUUUUCAACAGGAGGCGCAGCGUCUCAUCUAGUACAGAAUGUCUGUUUCGGCCCGAGCCGUGUUUCUUCCUGCUAGACUGCCCUCCAUCAUAAACUCAAACAAAGAUGACAAGGCCGUUACUUCUGUGUAAGUGUCCGGAUCAUGGAGUCGUAGGAUAUCUCCAAACAUCAUAUUAACACACAAACCCGUCUGGUACUGGAGUGUCAACACGACACAGUAGUAGUCAGUCGGCGGCGGUAUGUCGCUGAGCUCAGGCGGGUGGACUCACACACCCCCGCCGGCCCAGUCUUCAUCGUCGCGUGUCGGCCAUGAGGCCUCGAAAUCGGCCUGCAGCACUGUUUUGAUGUCGGUGAAGGUGUCGGUAUGCCAUUCAGGUAUUCGACCGCUUUGUCUCCCCGGGGCCGGAGACGAGUCUCUCCGCCUUCAGCUGAGCAUGGACCCGGGGAAGGCAGGGGAAUUCCGCCUCGCGUUACGGGACAUCAGCGGAACAGCGGCUGGACGCAGCGUGUCAGUUGCUGAGUUCGACCUCAAGAGUGUUCGCUAUGAAGUGAAGUCCCCACAGUGCCAUGAACUGAGUUUGGCAACACCGCCACACGAUCGUAUCACUUUCAACUUCCGCUGUGAGCAGGAAGCACAGGAGUGGGCCACUGUGGUGAUGUCAUCACUCCGUGAGGCGCACAGAGUGGCGAUUUGUUCCUCCACUGAAGAAAGACAGCUACCUCCUAAACCUCUGGAUACACAGAACAGUGCACCCAUGCCACGUACAGAGGAGAUCUGUGCGGAGCUGGUUAGCGCAAUAGAGGCAGGUGAUGUUCGGGUGGCAUCUGUCUGUGCAUCAUCUUUAGCUAAACAGAAAGCUGCUCUAAGCAUUCAGCCAUCUAAACCAAAUUACACAGGCACUGAAAUGAGCCUGGCUGUGGUAGUAGAGGAUGCAUCCUCUUCAUGUUGUGUCACAGUGAAAGUCGUCCCUCACUCCACAAUUGGUGCUCUCAAACAGCAGGUCUUCACAGACUAUGGUUUUCAUCCAUCCGUGCAACGCUGGGUCAUUGGCCAGUCUUUGUGCUCUGAUCACCGCUCUCUGGCUUCUUACGGAGUUCAGCAAGAUGGCGACACUGCGUUCCUUUAUCUCAUUUCUGCCCGUCAGGACCGUCUCAGUCGAGGGCUUUACCAACAAGCACAACCAGCUUUGGUGGCAGCGUCUAAUCAUCCCCACCAAGAAGCAGUUACCAAUGGGCCAGCACUGAACACAGCCUUAAGACCAUACAGCACCCUGCCUACAAGACUUCAUAACAGCCAUAAUACCCCGAGUAACAGUGCGGGAGGUACAGAGAGGCUGGGUUUGGGUGAAAUUCGUGACCUCAUCAACCUUGAGCUGCCGCAGUUAAACGAAGCCCUGUCGCCCAACAGAACAAGCACACAGCUGGGAUGGGCCUGCCCAACCUGUACAUAUAUUAAUAAACCGACACGUCCCGGCUGUGAAAUGUGUAGUGCAAACAGACCUGAAGGCUACACUGUUCCCGGCAACUACAGACCAGAUGCUCUGGAGCUAAGACGCAUUCAACAGGAAAAAGAAGCAGUAAGGCAGUACCAACAGGCCAGAGAAGCAGAACGCAGAGAGAACUAUGCACGUCUGGUGCAGAUGGACGGACAGGAUCUGGUUCCUAACCCAGAGAGAGUGGAGUGCAGGAUCUGCUAUGUGGAGCUUGAGCCUGGCGAUGGAGUCCUGCUCCGAGAGUGCCUCCACUGCUUCUGCAAAGAGUGCCUGCGUUCUGUGAUUCUGAUGUCGGAGGAUCCUCAGGUGGCAUGUCCAUACAGAGACGAGGCCUACGCCUGCGACCGCGUCUUGCAGGAAAGAGAAAUCAGAGCUCUGGUGUCAGUAGACGAUUAUGAGCGCUGGUUGCAGAGGAGUCUGUCUGUUGCAGAGUCUCGAUGUGAGGGCAGUUAUCACUGUGCUACAGCAGACUGUCCCGGCUGGUGUGUUUAUGAAGAUACUGUCAACACUUUCCACUGCCCAGUGUGCAGAAAACACAACUGCCUGCUCUGCAAGGCCAUUCAUGAAGGGAUGAAUUGUAAGCAGUAUCAGGAUGAUCUAACAGCUCGCGCCAUCAAUGACUCUGCAGCUCGAAGAACCAGAGACCUGCUGAAGGUCAAACACAAACAAAUCCUUGUCUGUAUAUCAAAGCUCAUACUCUUGUUAAUUCUGGAGAGGCGAUGCAUUGCCCUCAGUGCGGCAUCAUUGUGCAGAAGAAGGAGGGCUGUGACUGGCUUCGCUGUACUGUCUGCCACACUGAGAUCUGCUGGGUCACCAGAGGACCACGCUGGGGGCCCAAAGGUCCUGGAGACACAAGUGGAGGCUGCCGCUGCAAUGUCAACAAACAGAGAUGCCACCCGAAAUGCCAGAACUGUCACUAAAGGAGAGAGCAGAGGGAAAGGAGGAGGUAUGAUUAAGCGAGGGAGAGAGAGAGUAGUGUCAUCUCAUGCCAGUUUAUGACAUUAUAAAAGUUUGACAGACAUCAGUGUUGCAAGGUCUGCAUAACAAAACUGGCCCAAUCACAGCCAAAACGAACCUAGUUGCGUUCUAGGUGGUCAAAACCCUGCUUCCAGGGAGUCCCACCUUGGUCGAAAUCGCGUUCCGGGGGGUGGGGGAAUUCGCAGACUGACAAAAAAAACAGUCCACGGCAGCAUUAUGAAAGUAGAUCAAUUCAUGGCAACACUGACAGACAUACACUUUGAGUGUGAGCUGACAAAUAUUGUCCAUCUGUUUUUAGCUUUCAGUUUUCUGAUGGUUUUAACUGAAAUAUAGUUGUGUGUUAACUGAAAUAUGUAAUGUCUGUUGUGCAGCAAAUGUUUAAAUGGUGCAUUUUACAUGAGUAAAUCAUAAAGCAAAUGAAGGCACUGAAGGGAAUCCACUUGAAAGCGAACUCCUUCUAAUGAAUGGCUACUGUAUCAGUCCAGUCAGCAUCCUAAUAUUGUCUAAUUAUUUCAAUGAUCCACAGAAAAGCUUUAAGUUCUCUCAACUGUAUUUUAGGAAAACUGUGGUGAUGGUGGCAUAUCAGAACCUUAAGCAGAAUUCUAUAUAACCUAAAUCACGAACAUUGUGGUAAAAAUAGAUUUUUAAUCCAAACAAUGCCACAUGGGAAUGUUUUUUAAGUCUCUCCAUUAAAAAAUGUAUUUUACCCAUCUGAUCAAAUGAUCCCAGGGGGACAAAAGUAAAGCCAAAGCUGAUCUGAAGCUGCCAUUGAAAAUAAGGGAAUGAUUACAAUGCACUUACACAAAUACUUGUGUAUUUGUCUCGUCUUACUCUUAAAGCUAUUCUACACUGUUAAGACUUGUUACUUAAAGUGCCUUUUCUUGCCUGUUUACGUCUACGUCAUGUAAUCACUAACAUGAGCAGUCGUUUUGCAGUUUUACAUUAUAACUGUUAUUACUUUAAAUACUGAAUGUUGCAGUUGUUGUAGAUUUGUGAUCCAGGAUCAUUUAUGUGUGCAGUGUUUUCCCUUCACCUUUCCUACCAACCAAGAGACAUUGUAUUUUGUGCGCAUGUUGCACAUUUAUUUUGUAAGAUUAACACAAUUCAGUAUACUGCUUUAAGAUUUGAUUUUUUUUUUUUUUUUGUAAGUUGGAAGUGAUUAAUAUGUAGCCUUGUUAUUUAGUAUUGUUUUAAUGUUACAUUGUUAUGCUAAUUUAAGUAAAAGUAAUGGCUUUGAGUGGGAAGUCUUCAAGACUGUUAUAAGCCAAAGGACUGAUGAAGCUUUAAAUCUAUGCACUGAAAAGAAAUGUCAGCACCCAAAGCAUCUACUUACUCAUCAAAGCGAACAUUUCAAAAAAAUUUCCAUGAGAGUCAUUAUUCAAUCAAGAAUUUUCUUUACCUAAAAGGUUUUUUUUUUUUUUUUUUUAAUUUCCAAGCAUUUAUAUUGUUGUUGUGACUGAGAAUCCAUUGGAAUUAUGCUGUGUGCUUGUACAAUUGAAAAACAGUCUUGAGUGAGGUGCCAUUCAUCCUUUCUCAUGAUGUCAUGAACCUCACUAAUGUUCAAAUAUGUGCUCUAUGAAGUUUAUGCAUAGUGUAUUUGCAUGUACUACAGAAGAAAAUGAAUGACUGAAAAUGGAAAGGUCCCUGCACCUGCAGAAAAGCUACACUUUAAUCUGACCUCAGGGUUGCAAGUCUUAAAAAGUGCCUUACAGAUUACAGUACGGAACACCUGUAUUGACAAUAUUUAAAGCUGUUAAGAUGCUCUCAUUAUUACAUUUAACAUGCUUCACAUUUUGUUCUUAAAAAUAAACAUACUCAACCUGUAUUUUA